GUUUCGUGGCAGUAUGAUGUGUGACUCGUUGCUCAGUAGAAGUGCAAUCGGCAUUUAAAUUAGGACAAUCAUUGAUAUUAAGAUAUUGGUGAGAACUAGUCAAUGGGUUGUACGAUAUGUUCAGUUGGCUGCUAGUCCCUCUUAAGAGUAAGCAUGUACAUAAAAGCAAAGCAAAGAUGUGUGAACGCCUUGGUGGCCGUUGACUCUAACAGAUACCUAAGGAGUUAGUGAACACGAAGCCAACAACAGGAGCGAGCGGAGUUGGAAUUCUCACAAAGGGCGCAGUCUCGGUGCCGCCCGUCGUCGUAAUGGCGACGAAUCAAAAACCACUGCCGGAGCCGAAGGACAAACAAGCUGUAGCGGAUAAGUCUGGGUCUUCCAAUCCAUCAGCCGUCAUGGCCACGACGGUGGCGACAGCUCAGGUAGCAGUCCACACGGUCUCGGCAUCAACGACUGCCCCUCAACUAGCGGAGGAACAAGAUAAGCUUGCUAAUCGAGAUCGCUCUAAUAGAGAAGCAGAGCAGGAACGUCAAUGGAAACAGCUACAAGCUAUGCGACAGCAACAAGCGCAGAUGCAGCAACAAGUUAUUCACGAUCAGCGGGCACAUGCUAUUGCAAGAGUUCAUCGACAGCUUACCGAAGAUGGUACUUCUACAUUAAAUACUGAAAACACAAGUACUAUGACUGCGCAAUUAGUUUCUGCUUCACAGGAUGGUAAUCCUCUGGGACAAAUGGGUUCCGGGUCACAGUCGCAGCCAGCAGCGCGUGGGCAAUUCGCCGCCCCGGCUUUGAAAGUGAACCGAGGAGUUGCACCCCCAAAUCCUCAUCCAGGUAUGCCCGGCCGGCUAGUUGGCAAGCAGCAACAGCAGCAAUCGACGGCAGCGCAGGUCGGCCGGUCGCUGCCCGUUGUUGCGAGGUCUGGGUUGUCCAACAAUUUCGGCCAGCAGCAGCCGCCGUCCCCCUUUUCCCCUCAAGCGCCUCAAUCCCCUCAUGAUUUUCCGCAGUCCCCGGCCCCGCAGCCACAGCCCGAGCACUUUCAACGCUUCGAGAGUGUCGAGGGCUUCGGCCAGGCGUCCCAGAAUCAAUCCAGGUCCACUCCAUCCUACUCCACAUCACCGCGCAACGACGGUUUUCCGCAGCCUCCGGGCACCCCUCGACCCAUUUUUAGUGCACCGACAGGCAGGCCGACGAGUCAUGUUUAUGCACCUUCACGCACGCCCGAUUCUUAUGCCUCGCCGCAGCAACAGCAACCUCAGCAGCCGCCUUCACCGGCGACCCCGAGCCCCGUAGCAAGCUAUUUAUCACCGAGAGCCGAUCAACGCACCGAUACGCAAUCUACAGAGCUUUUUGCACAACAACCCGAAGUCAAUAGGCAGUUGAGAGAUCUGCUUCAGAGGCAACAACAGUUUAGUAAAGAGGUGAAACCAUUGAAUCAAGCGUGGAAUCAAGAUGGUCAAGCUGCAACCGAAGCACCUCAGCAAUUUGAGGCUAGUCUUAUACAGCAGCAUCCGCAGCAGCCGUCUAGUAGUCCAGGUGAAGGUACUUUUAGACAGCCACUUCCUCCUGGUGCAGCAAGACCACGUAUGCCUAUACAGUCUAAUAUUUUAAUACGAAAUCCCAUUGGAUUGACUCCACGACAUCCAGCAGUAACAAAUAUCGAUGCUGCUAGAUUACAAGGACUAGAUCCAAGAAAUAGAAUGCUUUUACAAAGACCUUCAGUGCCUUCUAAUGUUGCUCAACAAUUUCAAAAUAAUCAAAUUAUACAACGUAUAGCUGGACCUAGAACUCAAUUACAGGAACAUUACGAAGUUCUGCAGCAACGAUUUGCUGAUUCGAAUCAAGGACAAAAUUUGGGACAACGUAUUGUUCGAACGUCUCAAAGUACGGUAAAUCAAGGAAUUCGUAUGAUAAAUACAGCAGGUAUGGUUAGACCGCAAAUUUUACCCACAGUUAGUGAAGCUACUGUAACAAUGUCAGAGACUUCAGAAAUACCAGACAAUGUAACAGCUGAAUUAGAAAAGCUUGAACAAGAAGGAGCACCUAUGGUAGAGGUUGAAAAUGUGAGUGCAAUAUUAGGAGAUUUAGCUGAUGAUGACGAUGAACUAUUAGCUGAAAUGGGCGCUGACUUUAAUAUUCUCGAGUAUGCCGAUCCUGAAUUAGAUCAAUUAACCGGAGGUGAGAAAACCAAUAUAUUGGAUUUGGAUCUGGAACAAGACGAAGUUGAAACAAAAGAAGAAAAACAAAAGAAAGAUGUUAAAGAAGAAGAGCACAAAUCAAAAAGUAUUAUUGGUCCAAGUGUUACUGACAGUUCUGAAGUAAAUGGUACUACAAUGCAAACAUCAACUAAUACAUCUAACGUCUUGACACAAGCUCAAACUUUGGCGCCGAUAUCACAAGCUGCACAAACGGCCCAGCCACAAGCUACUAUACUACCUCAAGCACAUCCUCAGGCUGUCGUUGUUCAACAGCAGAUGCAUCAGCAUGUACAACAAGCUGCUGCAAUGGGACGGCCGAUAUUGCCUGGAACAAGACUACUAUCUCCAGAUGGUGCUGUCGGAGUUGUUACAUCGACUAAUUCCGUAACUGUUAGUUAUCCUUCUACGUUUCCCGCUCAUCCACAGCGAAUCCCACAACAGCAUAUGCAAGUUCAACAACAUCAGCGUAUGGGAAUGAGAGUAACAAGCAUUCAAAAUGUUGCUGGAAGGGUGGUAUCAGUUGGACAUAUGAUUGGCCCAAGAAUGCCAUUGGCGCCACCUCCACCACCUCCUCCUUAUCCAGGACCUCCGCCACCUUAUCCAGGACCAAUACAGAUGGGGCUAUGCCCAGGUGAUCGGGGUUUGCCGCGGCCCCCCAUGCACAUGAGACAUUCCGUAUCCGUGGCUGGUCCACCGAUGACCCCUAUGGUUCAUACUGGUGCUCCAUCAGUGACUCCCCAUCCUCACCGAAGGCCCUUGCUUCUGCAGUCAUGUUCACAGGAACAGCCAUUGCUUCUGGAGGAGCUUCUGGAACAAGAGAAACGUGAACAGGAGAAACAACAGCAGCAGCAACAGGCAGAUACAACAACUCCAAGUAAUACAUUGCUCAGUGAUAUCGAGUUUGAACGUUUGCGCGCCGAUGUUUUGGGUUCAGCUCCUCUUUCGUCGCCUCCUCAAGGAAUUACUAAUGUCGCUACUGGAGUGAAUACAAUUAGACCAUCAUGCACAACCAGACCGUCUGUUUCAGCGACUCAGAAUUGGCAACAGCCUAUUACCGAUCCUGGUAAAGUCGUUGUUCAAACUCAAAGGCAACCCAUUACGACUCAAACUACUACAGAACCAAGAAUUACAACAUUUAAUAUACCUCAACUUCCGGCGCCACCUGUACCACCAGAUAAUGUUGUUACCGAACAAGAGCGCCACGUACAACUUCAAUAUGAACAAUGGUUAAAUCAUCAACAUCAGAUAUUAACACAACAAUUGAAGUAUUACGAAACAGAGGUUCAAAAACUUCGGAAGGUUAGAAAAUCUCUUAACAGCAAGCAAAGACAAUGUCGAAAAUCUGGCAAUGAAUUGCCUGAAAAUGAUGCUGCUGAACUUCAAAGAAUUUCAAGCGAGCAAGCAAUAUUCCAGAAACAUUUAGAUACCAGUCGUAAACAAAGUCGACAACAUGGUAUGCUCAUACAGGAGUAUCGUAACAAGCAACAGCAACAACAGCAGCAACAACAGCAGAAACAAGCGCAUGCACAACAGCAACCGCCAUCACAAUUAAACGAACCGUGCUCACCUCUUAUGUCACCUUCGCAGCACUCUUCACCGAUGCAUAGCCCAGCUGCGCUUAUGUCCCAGAGUCCAGGCCCAGGUAUGCCCCAACAUUCACCCGUGGCUUCGAUAGUACAGCAUAGCCCGGGUACAAUGUCACCCCAUAGCAACAUGCAACCCUCUCCAAGGAUCGGUACACCACACUCGCAAUCCGAGGAGAGUCCCUUUUCACCGGGACUUUGCGGGCCAACUGUUCAGAGAAUGGCUUCACCUCAGCAUCGAGCCGUUGCUAGCACCAGGUUAGCAACCAGCCCUGGUUCCUUUGUACCUGAUCAGCAGCAGGUACGAAUGGCUCAACAGAUGCAUGUUCUUCCUCAACGAUUUGUUCGACCAACGGCUAUGGCUGACGUUGUGCAGCGACCGAGAAUGCAGAUUCAGGGAGGAAUGAUGUAUGGACAACGCUCACCCCUUGGCAGUCCCCAACCAAAUCAGCAGCCCAUGAUGACACAACAACAGCAUCAGCAGAUGCUUCAACGUCAGCAGAUGAUCCAACAGCAGCACGAAGUCAGCGUUAUAUCACAAGAAAAUCAAAAUAUAGUUAAUCAACGUAACCUACAAAUAGUUCAGAGACAACAAUCAUUGCAACAACAGCAACAACAGCAGCAGCAACAGCAACAGCAACAACAAAUUAUACAGAAACCACCCACAUCUCCGAUGGUAUCACAACCGGCAUCUUCACCAAGUCCGCAACUUCAUCAACAAAUGCAACAAAAUUAUAACCAACCACCAAGCUCUCCUCAUCCUCGUAGUCCGAUGGUUCAACAAACGAUGGGUUCACCAAUGCUGCAACAGCAGCUUAGCCAAUCAUCGCAACCAUCCAGUCCAAUGAACACAAGAGUACAGAGUCAUCCGCCGAAUUCUCCGAUGGUAGCUCAGUAUCAACCACCCAGCCCAAUGUCGCGAAAUCAUCCGUCGACUUCACCAAUGUUGCAUCAGAUGACCGGUGCUCAUCAUCCGCCGACUUGUCAAACACCGAAUUCACCUAUGCCACGGAGCCCAAUGGUAGGCGGUUCGCCAAUGCAGAUGCAACGUAGGCAAUCGACUGGGAAUAGUCCAGCAAUGCCUGAUCGGCCGCAAAGCGUUGAGAAUCCAGGCACACCGAGAACUCCUCAUACUCCACACACACCGCAUUCUACCUUUAAUUCGCAGAAUUCGAGUAAUCACCCAAUAAACGAUCAGCAGCACCUCCAAAAUACACAAAAUUUGCAGCUAUUGCAGGGUCAACAAGAGUCAAAUUUAACGAUUGAUCAAAACAAUAGAGGCGGCGGAAAUUCGCAUAAUCCUAAUAAUCCAAUACCCUUACCCAUUUUAUUUGGUAGAUAUGGAUUUUUCAAGUUAGGGCUUAGAGGAGGUUCACCAAUGUGGUCUUCUAAGCCAGAAUCAAGUAAAGGAAAAACAGCAGAAGGGCAAUUAAGUAGUUCCGAAGAUAAACCUAAUACUUCAUCCGCUGUACAUAGAAAAACGGGCAUUUCGCAAUCAAAAAUAAAUUCAUUAGUAUGUGCGGAUUACAAUGAUUUUGACGAUGAUUCUCAUACACCUCCGCAAACCCCGCCUACUACUGUAGAGCCGAAGGCCGCAUCAUCUUCGAUAACAAAUAAUACAGCAAUAACUCUAGGAAGUCCUAGUGACAAAGUAGAGUCGCUUCCUGAUACUACUGAUUACGACGAUGAUAAGACAAUCAUAAAUACAGAAGUUACUUUAAGCUCAACUGCUCAAAAAGAUAAUGAUGACAUUCCAGUCAUUGAGCAAUUUGGCGACCCUGAGCUUGAUGUUAUAUCUGGAAGUUUAGAAAGUGAAAUGCAGGAAGAAUAUGUGCUUUUCGAAUCUGAUAUGGUACUAUCUGUUGAUAGCAAUGAUUCUUUAAGUAAUGCUUUAGUUAAUGAUAAUAAUGAAGGUCAUGAUUUAGUUCAUAUUUUGGAAAUUGAACAUCCAGAACCUCCUAACGAAGAUACAUCUUUUGACGAGGAGCUUUUAUCUGGGCAAACUAAUAGGAACAAAAAGGAUUUACAUCUUGAUAUUAUAAGAGCCAUGCCUGUUGGAAAACGAUUGAUUGCUGUAACAGAUACUCCAGAAUCGCCAGAUCAAGAAGAUCUUAAUGUCGAUCCAUCUCCGAGUCUUUAUAUGGAUCAUUCUCCAGAACAAGAUCUUUUAGUAUCACUUACUGAAUCGGAUAUUGUAAUUAUUGAUCCUACUUCCAAAUCACCUGAUAAUACAACCAAAAUAUGCUGCGAUGAAGGAAGCUUAGAAACUAAUUCAAUAGAAACAAUCAAACUUAAAAAUGAACCAAUAAUCCCAACUAUCGAUUCUGCCAUUGUUACAAAAUCCUUAACCCCAAUCACUGUAGAAAUUAAAUCAGUUGAAGAAUCGAAAGAAAAAAAAUCGUACACAUCUUAUGCUUUUCAAGAAAAAUUUAGUCAAAUUACUCCAGAAAGCUUACAUCAAAAGAAUAUUAUACAUGGUAUGACAAAAUCAAUUUCCACUUAUUCUAGUAUUUGUGCAAAAGCAACUUCAUCUUGUGAUACUCUUGCUGUUAAACCUCAUAUAAAAUCUACACUAGCAAUGCCUACUACUAAUAUAAUGAAAGAAUUAUUAACUUCUACAACAUUGGAAAGUCAAAAACAAAUUAGUACACCCUUACCUAUUUCUAGUAUUGUAUCAGAUGCUAAACUUAUUACUAAGCUCAGUCAAAGUGCUUCAAAAAGUAUUUGUUCUAGUACUAUUCACAUUGGAAAAAUUGUAUCAAAAACUGAAGAUAUUGUAACAAAACACAAUUCUACAACUAUGCUUCAGACAGCUGCUUGUCAAUCUGUAUUGAGCUUACCUGAAAAAACAGCUACUGUUCUGGUAUCGACAAUAGGUUGUCAACCUUCUAUAAGCUUAGCUGAAAAAGUAUCUAGUAUAAGUUCUACAUUACCAACUCAAAUUUUACAAUCAAAAACUUCUACCGUCCCAAAAUCUGUGGAAAAAGUAAAAAGCAAUGCCACACAAAAGUAUACUACUCAAUCUACUUCAACUACACUUACAUCACCGAAAAUCGUUACUUUAGAGUUACCAAAACAAGAGGUUUUAAUUUCAAAAUCGAUGGAUAAAUAUGACAAUAUAGUUAUUGGCAAGGAAGCAAGAAAAAAGGAAGAGUCAAUUUCAGAGAUAACAAAAGAGGAAAGAGUAGAUAAACUUAUAGAUACUAGUUCUAAUACGGCAACCUUAGAGAAUAUUCUUGUAGUAGAUAAUAAAAAGACAGAUAUUCUAAAUACUACUGAUGAGUUAGAAAGUAUGUUGGAAGCAAUUCAUAAUCCUGAUGAUGAAAAUGUAAUUAAUGGUGAUAAAAUUUUAACUAAAGAUAAAACUGAUGUACGUACUUUAAAAAGAAUGUCACCUGUCACGGAUGAUCUUUCAUUAGUAAAUAUUCUAGAAAACGACGUUGAAACCAUAACUCAAAAUGAUAUUAAAGAUAUUUCUAAUGAUAAUUUACAUGUUCGGAAAGUAAGUAAAUCUGAGAAAGUUGAAGAACAACUUGUAGAAGAAUACAAAUCAAAAAAUUUGGUUCAUUUAGCAAGUGACAAAACUUCGUUACAAUCAUUAAUGGAUACAGAAAAUGAGAGUAAUAAAUUUUUCGCACAAUCAAGACUGUCCGAGCAAAAAGCAAUGAUGGAAGAAUCAUCGGACGAUAUUCUUGAUAUGUUACAAAAUAUUAUAUCAUCUAAACCCGAAAUGCAGGAUGACAAGUCACAAAAAUCGAGUUUAAUGUAUCAACUGGAAGCUCCAUUAGAAGCCCUACCUUUGAAUAUUUUACAGGAUUCACUAGCCGAUCUCGAGCAAGAACCGACAGCAAGUGAUGCAAGUGCGAUAAUGAUAGAGGGGAAAUCGGUAUCUGACACUAAAGCCGGUGCGACAAGCGUCCAGCAGUCAUCUGUUACAAAUAAAAAGAGCUUAGCUCUACAAACAACUCAAACAUUAACCGUGAACACGGUUACCCAAUUACAAAGUACAACGUCUGUGCCCCAUUUAUCACCACUUUCACAGCCUACGGAAAUCAAAUCGAAUACAGAAAACGUGAGCGACCAGCUACGUACUCUACUUUCCUCUCUGCAUUCCAAUCCGACUCCGAGUUACUCUAGCGGUGUGCAAGGAGGCCACGGCUGUGGUUCUGGUUCCAGUACUUCAACGACAGCUGGUCUCAUCUCUCUUAAUAACAGCUUAGCCUCCUCGGGCAGUUACAGAUUGCAGACUAGCGCUAAGCCCGAGACCGGGCAUAAGGAGAGCAGCCUGAGUAGUAAAGGUCGCUCCUCGAGUGCUGUCUCCAUAACUUCUAAUGCGAUGCUCAACGCAAUGCUCUCGAGCACGAGUUCGCUUAAGUCCUCAGUAGCUGGCGGACUGCGCGCCAACACGAUACUUACCUCGAGUAGCAAUCUUCUUAAUUCGGUUGUCUCACAGUCUUCCGUACAACGAUCGUCUGCCCCGAGUGUGCAGGCAGUACUGCAAGUGAGCACAAGUUCCCCCACCACAGUCUCCCGCGUUCUAGUGAACGUGACAGCUGGUCAGCAACCAUUGGGUCCGAGUCCUGCGAUUGCCCAAUCCGCUGGUAGAGCACUCGUUCAACCGAUAGCUGCGAGCAUCGCCAACACUAUUAACGUCACCACGAGUAUACUACAAUCAACACUAUCGCAAGCACCUACACUUCUUCAUACACAGCUCACGACUGGCCCUUCUCAGUACAAAUCCGCUGGAAACUUGCCUAUAGAUACUAAGUGCUCGGAUGCAGAUUCGCCAGUAGCGGCAAAUAAAGCCUUACUUGUGAAAAAAGAUACGGAAGCAUCAUUGCUGAAAGGUUUAUCGACUGAAAAAGUGUCAGCAACGAGAGUUGAUCUAGAAAUAAGCAAAAUUGGUGGUUCAUCACACAGAAUGGAAGAUUCUCAAAACGUUCUGUUAAAACAACUACUACAAAAUACAGCCUGUGCAACUACCUCUGGGUCAAGCAGCUCGACUCAAACCGCAAGCUUCCCUAACGUACCGUCGUUGGAAGAUCAAUUAGCGAGGCCCGUACCUCCGACGCCAUCAUCUUUAAUACCACCGUUACUGGAUGAGAUUCCAAUACCGAAGUCCACAAAUACGAAGCAGAUUCUUAGUCGAGAAACUUCCUUUUUGUCUCACGUUGUCAAAUCACAAAACUCGCCUAAUGUAGAGGAGCCUACAAAAUUGACUCCAGCGAUCACCUCACCUUUACUCACAACUUUAACCAAACCAACAGCCGAGACUUCCGAGAAACAACAAGCGAAACUAGUCCCAAUAACGUCUCAAAACUUCCAACAAUCCAAUAUUUCAACAACUCAGAAGCAAAUUGGCUUAGCUACAAUUCCACUUAUAUCGAGUGAUAAAUCGAUAACUCAUCAAGAAGCAGCUAGCCUACAGAUUCAAGUGAAAACAAGCAUUGAUGCAACGAUGAGUAACGUCGCCCAAGUACAACAACAUCAGCAACAUCAGCAAUCGCAGCAACAACAGCAGCGAAUAUCUACGUCAACCUCUGGCACGCGUAUACAAAUGGAACAAUCACAGCAGCAACAAUUGUCAUCACCAUCGUUGUUACCGCUGCCACUGUCGUCGCAGUCGCAGCAACAGACUCAAGAAGUAGCGAUUGGGUCAAAAAUAUCUAACGUCGGCGAGAUUCAAGAUGUUACAUCGAGCCUUAGCACGCAACAGAGUAACAUCACCGCAAUGCCAGCUUCCAAUCCCAAGUCUAUAUCUCCUACGAUUCAAAGAUCGCCGAGUGCAUUAGGGAAUGUCAUUGCCUCGACAGUCAGCGAAUCAACCAAGACAUCUCAACAGAUUAAUACAAUACAACCUCCAGUGCCUCAAACGGCCUCAAUGGCUCAGACAUUGAGUCGUCAAGCUCAGCUGCCACAGGGUACAACUGCGCAACACACUGUGCCUUUAACUGAAGUUAAGAAAGAAAUACUUGAUGACGUCCUCUCCAGCGGUACUUCCGUACAGCUAACUGAUACCAAAGACUUUUUAUCUGCCAAAGAAGAACUCAUCGAUGGCCCAAUCGACGAUAAAUCUGAUCUCAAAAAGUUAAAAAGGCGCCAAUAUCAGCAAAAACGGAGGCAAAGUCAAGGAAAAGAUGCCUCUAUGGCUCCUCAAAAGAAAAGGUCAAGAAAGGUGUCUCGCUUGGAUGAGGACUACGAUACAUAUAUUGACAAUCUCAUGAUACAAUUACGACAACUUCAACCAAUGGCAGUUUUAGAACCUCUUUUAGGUAAAAACUAUGGCGUGUGUCCCAUUUUCGGUUCAGGGGAUUUAUCAAAAUUUGGUGGUCCAGUGGAAUAUAACACAAGAACUGGCGAUCUUAUUGGUGCAUAUGGAAAUGCCCGACUUAUGGGAAUCUCUGAUCAUUAUAAUACCCAACCAUUUGGUGAAUUGGAACCCUUACCACCACUUCCACCCGUUUCUACACAAAGAAGCUUCUACGACCAAGAAUUUCCUCCACUUAAAUUAGAUGAUUCUGAUGAUAGAAAAGAAAACUCUCUGAUGGGGCGUGAUAUCGAUACGCCCGAUACUAUAGUGAGUUCUUCUUCUCCCGAAUGUGUCAUUCCCGAAUAUAUGCAUCGAUUCCCUGGGUUAAAAUUAAUUGAAGAAGAAUCCGAUGAAGAAGCCGAUUGGUUAAGACGAAUAUCACCUGUUAUUCCGAUAGUUUCACCAGUUCCCAUUCGUUUGAAACCGGGACAUCUUAAGGAUGUAGCAAAACAAGAUAAGGAGAACGUAGGAGUACCGAGACUUAGUAAAUCGUCACCAACAACUUUAUCGGAAAACGGAAAUGUUACGGUAACAUUAACCCUUAAUAGUCAAGCAGCGGAUGAUAUUAUGGGAGUUCUUAAAGAUUUAGCGAAUAUUCUAAAUAUUGCUCCUCCGACUGGUUAUCAGAUUAUCGAACGCACGACCACACCUCCAAGCCAGAAAUUAGGACUCUAUAGAAUUAAAGGAAAAGAUGGGAAAGAAGGAGCACCAAUUGAUAUUCAAAGUAUUUUAAAUGGAGCAGCUAAAUUUUGUCGUCAUUGUGAUGUUGUAAUACUUAACAGUUUAAUACGAAAAAAAGUCUCCGACUUGCCAUUUCUCAGUAAAGAGGAAGCAGAACCUGGUGAUGAACUUUGCUUUUGCUCAGUAACGUGUUAUAUGCAAUUUGCAUUAAUGCAUAGAACUCCAAGUAAUACUCAUGACAAAGCUGCUGCAAUUGUUGAUCAUCUGUGCCAGAAGUCAGAAACUAAAUUUUUAGAAGAAGAUUUAAAGAAAAUACAGGAAAAAAAAUUUUCUCUUAAACAAUCAAUCGGGCAAAUUGAACCAAUGGAUGUUGAUUCUAUAGAAAUGGAUCUUGAAUGUAGAAUAAAAACUGAAAAGGAUGAACUUGAAUCACAACAUAGUAAAGAUAGCUUUUCUGAUGAAAAAAGACCAAAGAAACAUCCAGCUUCUGAGGAGCCAUUGAACGAUUGUAUGGAACCACAACCUCCACCUAAGGUUUGGAGAGGUCUAAGAUAUAAAACUUGGAUAAACGGUGCAAUACAACCUACUACGAAAUACAAAAAACCAACUGAUCGUGAAAUUACAGAGAUGCUUUUUCGAUUAGGAGUUACCGUUUCGUUUCCAUUAAGUACAGAUGAUACUCGUCGUUGCAUGUUUUGCCAAAAUGUUGGAGACGGUGCCGGCGACGGCACAGCUAGACUCCUUAAUUUCGAUGUAGAUAAAUGGGUUCACCUUAAUUGUGCAUUGUGGUCUGAAGAAGUAUACGAAACAGUUAACGGAGCAUUAAUGAAUCUAGAUAUAGCUUUACAAUCCGCAAAAGGUACGACCUGCCUUCUUUGCAAACAGCCUGGCGCUACUGUUAAAUGCUUCAAAAUACGUUGCAACAGCCAUUAUCAUCUUGGAUGCGCGGUCAGAGAUGGUUGUAUCUUUUAUAAAAAUAAGAGCACAUAUUGUUCACAGCAUAUUCCUAAAAAUGAAAAGGAUAAUGAGCUUACGACUCUCUCUGUUUAUCGAAGAGUGUACGUGAAUCGAGACGAGAAUAAACAGGUGGCGGCUGUCAUGCAUCAUUCUGAUCACAACAACCUCUUACGUGUAGGAAGCUUGAUAUUCCUAAGCGUUGGGCAGCUUUUGCCACACCAACUAACGAAUUUCCACACGACCAACCAUAUCUAUCCGGUUGGCUAUAAGAUCGUUCGCUUCUACUGGAGCAUGAGACGGCCAAACAAACGUUGCCGCUACGUUUGUUCCAUCCAUGACGUAUCAGGACGGCCUGAAUUUCGAGUGCUCGUACAGGAACCUUCUCAAGAGGACGUAGAGUUACGCGACGCGUCACCGCGUGCCGUUUGGAAUCGCAUUCUCGAGCCGCUCGCAGAACUCCGUCGGAGCACCAAUAGCGUUCAAUUGUUCCCGCGUUACGUUACCGGUGAGGAUCUUUUCGGCCUGACAGAGCCUGCGGUUGUGCGCGUUCUAGAAAGCUUGCCCGGUAUCGAAACUCUGACCGAUUACAGAUUUAAGUACGGGAGAAAUCCUUUACUUGAGCUACCGCUUGCCAUAAAUCCUAGUGGUUGCGCAAGAACGGAAGCGCGACUAAAGAACCAACUGCCAUGGAAGAGACCACAUACACAGCGGACUGCCUCCUCGGCACGGGCCUCCUAUGCACCCGCUUCAAAUAGUUCGGGAGAGGUUGCAUGCCCGUAUUCUAAGCAGUUCGUUCACUCAAAGAGCUCUCAAUAUAAAAAAAUGAAGCAAGACUGGCGAAAUAACGUUUAUUUGGCCAGAUCGAAAAUACAGGGUCUGGGUCUUUAUGCAGCCCGCGAUCUAGAGAAACAUACUAUGGUCAUUGAAUAUAUUGGGGAAAUCAUUCGUACUGAAUUGGCCGAGACGAGAGAAAAGCAAUAUGAAGCUAGGAAUCGAGGAAUUUAUAUGUUUCGUCUAGAUGAGGAUCGUGUAGUUGAUGCGACAUUAUGCGGAGGGCUUGCUCGUUACAUCAAUCACUCCUGCAAUCCAAACUGUGUUGCUGAAAUUGUCGAAGUUGAACGUGAUCUCAGAAUAAUUAUCUUUGCGAAGCGAAGAAUCUCACGUGGUGAAGAGCUGGCAUACGACUACAAAUUUGACAUUGAAGAUGACCAGCACAAGAUAGCAUGCGCGUGUGGGGCGCCUAACUGCCGCAAGUGGAUGAACUAAAAAGUGUGAUCCACCGUUGUUAUUGUUGCUACGUUAUUGGGUAGGUUUUACACGAAGAAAUAAAAAAAUAUAUAUGUAUGUGUAUGCAUGUAUGUAUGCAUG